AGACAUAUUAUUAGGCUUCCAAGUCCCCCUCUUUCUCUCUCUAAACUUUUUUCUCUCUCUCUCUAAGGUGCAAGUUCUGCCUCUCUCUCCAUGUCAGAACUUAAAGAAAUUUUUUGAGAGAGAUGAAUUGUAUUUGUCCUUCUCAUUCUCAUCGGACGCCCUUCAGAAUCUGAGUCUUCUUGCCCCGACUUUCUCUCUCUAGGGUUUCUGCCUUCCGAGCCCUAGUUUUCAUGUUCGUUGCGCCAUAGAUCGGACAGUGGAGGGGGCGUCAAUGGCAGAAUUAGGGCAACAGACGGUCGGCUUCUCGACUCUGGUGAGUCGAGCCGCCGAGGAGUCUUACCUCUCGUUGAAGGAAUUGGUGGAGAAAUCUAAGUCAUCCGAGCAGUCUGAUUCGGAGAAGAAGAUUAGCCUCCUCAAGUACCUGGUCAAGACUCAGCAGCGAAUGCUUCGCCUCAAUGUACUCUCCAAGUGGUGUCAGCAGGUUCCUUUGAUACAGUAUUGUCAAGGACUUGCAUCAACUUUAUCAAGUCAUGAAACAUGUUUCACCCAAGCUGCAGAUUCACUUUUUUUCAUGCAUGAGGGGCUACAGCAAGCUCGUGCUCCUAUCUAUGAUGUUCCGUCCGCUAUUGAAGUCCUCCUUACAGGAAAUUACCAACGUUUACCAAAAUGUAUAGAAGAUGUGGGUAUUCAGAGCUCAUUAACUGAGGAUGAGCAGAAGCCAGCUUUAAAAAAGUUAGACAUACUUGUACGGUCUAAAUUACUUGAAGUUUCACUUCCAAAAGAAAUUUCUGAAGUCAAAGUUUCUGAGGGUACUGCACUGCUUCGUGUGGAUGGAGAAUUUAAGGUUUUAGUUACUCUUGGGUAUCGAGGACACCUAUCAAUGUGGAGGAUAUUGCAUCUGGAGCUGCUUGUCGGUGAGAGAAGUGGGCUAGUGAAGCUGGAAGAAUCGCGGCGGCAUGUUCUUGGAGAUGAUUUAGAGCGGAGAAUGGCUGCUGCAGAAAAAAAUCCAUUUGUAACAUUGUACUCUGUUCUCCAUGAGCUUUGUAUUGCACUUAUUAUGGACACUGUCAUAAGACAAGUACGAUCGCUUCAGCAAGGCAGAUGGAAAGAUGCAAUUCGGUUUGAGCUCAUAUCUGAUGGUAGUGCGGGACAAGGAGGGAAUGUUGGUUCUGUGCAAGCGACUCAAGAAGGAGAAACUGAUUCAGCUGGUCUUCGAACUCCUGGAGUAAAAAUUCUAUACUGGUUAGAUUUUGAUAAAAACUAUGGUAACUCUGAUUCAGGGUCGUGUCCAUUUAUAAAAAUUGAACCAGGGCCAGAUCUGCAGAUAAAGUGUCUUCACAGCACAUUUGUCAUAGAUCCAGUAACUGGCAAGGAGGCAGAAUUUUCCCUUCACCAAAGUUGCAUCGAUGUUGAGAAUUUACUGCUAAGAGCUAUCCGUUGUAAUAGAUAUACUCGGCUGCUAGAAAUCUACAAAGAGCUGGGGAAAAACGGUCAGAUUUAUCGAGGUGUAGGUGACGUGGUUCUUCAGAGCCACCCAGAUGAACCUGAGGCUGACCAUAAAAAGAAGGAUAACAAAUCCAGUGUCAGGGAAUAUGAAGGGCAGGAAGUACUACGUGUGCGUGCCUAUGGCUCGUCAUUUUUCACCCUUGGAAUUAAUAUAAGGAAUGGGCGCUUUCUUCUGCACUCAUCAAGGAAUAUUCUUACACCUUCAGCAUUAGUGGAUUGUGAAGCAGCCCUGAACCAGGGAAGUAUGACUUCUGCUGAAGUUUUUAUGAGCUUGAGAAGCAGAAGUAUAUUGCACUUAUUUGCAUGUAUUGGCAGGUUCUUAGGCCUUGAGGUGUAUGAAAAUGGUUUGGCUGCAGUGAAGGUGCCUAAAAACAUUUUAAGUGGAUCAAGUUUGUUGCUGAUGGGAUUUCCAGAAUGUGGGAGUUCAUAUUUUUUGCUGAUGCAACUUGAUAAGGAUUUUAAGCCUCUAUUUAAAUUGCUAGAGACUCAACCAGAUCCAUCAGGAAAAGCUCAUUCUUUUGGUGAAUUGAAUCAUGUCAUCCGUACAAAAAAUGUUGAUAUUGGUCUGAUGCAGAUGCUUGAAGAUGAACUCAAUUUGAGUCUCCUAGAUUGUGGAAAACUACUUCCAUUUUCCUCAGAUGCUGUGGGUACUAAUCAGACUUCUGAACAUUGUCUUCUUUCUGAGUUCAGCCAAGAUGGUUCUAUGCUCAGUUCUGGAAGUCUACCUCCAAAUUUUUCAUCUAUUGUUGAUGAAGUGUUUGAGCUUGAGAGAGGGUCAUCUGCUCCUUCUUUCCCUGCUCAGAAUCUCUCUUCAACAUUCACAAUGUCUCCUGCUUCUCAUUUUGGUUCUGUUCCAAAGAAUUUUCAAAGUAUAAAAGCUGGGACUUCCUCUCCUAAAUGGGAGGGAGGAACACAGGUUCCACAGAUUAGUAAUGUUACGAAAGUUUUAAGUGUAGCCUCCCAUUACAAUGGUUCUAUUUAUUCGUCAAGCAGUUUGAAAGGCCUGAUACAGUCCAGUUCUGUCAGUUCUCUGUCUUCUGGCCCAGGAAGGAGCACAACUAUGAAGAAGUUACUUGCUUCAAAGUCGGAUCAGGAUUUGUCUUCUCUUAGAUCUCCUUAUUCCACCGAAGUUGGUCUUUGUUCCACAAUGGACGAAGAUCAGCUUAAUGUUUCUGGAAAUCGGUCAUCUCGACUGCUAUCUCCACCACGAUCAAGUGGCCCUCGAACUUCUACGUCAAAUGCAAAACCUAAUGGGCCGAAAAACUCAGCUUCUGGGUCUCUGGCUGGAUCUAGCUCUUUGUUUACAACUCCCGUAACUAUAGUUUUGAUAAAUGCUCCCUUUUCAGCUCAAGCAACAGAUCCUGGAAUUUGUCAUGGCUCAAGUCUUGAUGCUAUUACUAAACUUGAUAAAACAUCAAGAAAACGUACAGUUACAGAUAUGUUGAAUUUGGUUCCGUCACUCCAAGGUAUUGAUGCCAAUGCAGCAGUUGGUAAGAGAAGGAAAAUCGCAGAAUCUGGUCGCACUGAACACACUUCACCACAGGCACUUAUUUCAUCGGAAGUGACUGGUAAAAUUGAAGGAUACAGUUAUGCAAGUCUUGUUGCUGAAGCAAAUAAAGGCAAUGCUCCCUCCAGCAUAUAUGUUUCUGCUCUUCUUCACGUGGUCAGGCACUGCUCACUUUGUAUAAAGCAUGCCCGAUUAACUAGCCAGAUGGAGGAAUUGGACAUCCCAUACGUUGAAGAAGUGGGUCAAAGGAAUGCAUCCUCAAACUUAUGGUUCCGGCUCCCGUAUGCUCGAAGCGAUACGUGGCAACACAUAUGCUUGCGACUUGGUCGUCCUGGAAGCAUGUAUUGGGAUGUUAAAAUCAAUGACCAGCACUUCAGGGACUUGUGGGAGCUUCAGAAGGGAAGUAGUAAUACUCCAUGGGGUUGUGGUGUUCGCAUUGCCAAUACAUCUGAUAUAGAUUCCCAUAUUCAUUAUGAUCCAGAAGGCGUUGUUCUAAGCUAUCACUCUGUCGAGACUGAUAGCAUUAAGAAGUUAGUUGCAGAUAUCCAACGGCUCUCUAAUGCUAGAACAUUUGCUCUUGGAAUGCGGAAACUGCUUGGAGUAAGAUCAGAUGAGAAAUUAGAAGAAGUUAGUGCAAAUUCUGAUGGUAAAGCAUCAGUUGGAACAAAAGUUGCUGUUGAGGUAGUUGAUAAGUUUUCAGAACAGAUGAGAAAGGCUUUCCGAAUUGAGGCAGUCGGACUUAUGAGCUUGUGGUUUAGUUUUGGUUCAGGGGUCCUUGCUCGCUUUGUUGUUGAGUGGGAAUCGGGUAAAGAGGGAUGCACAAUGCAUGUUUCUCCUGACCAGCUUUGGCCUCAUACCAAGUUUCUAGAAGACUUCAUAAAUGGAGCUGAAGUUGCAUCUCUUUUGGAUUGCAUUCGCCUCACUGCAGGACCCUUGCAUGCUCUUGCAGCUGCAACACGACCUGCACGAGCUCUUCCUGCUCCUGGGGUCCCUGGUGUUUCAGCAGCUAUCUCUUCUAUUCCAAAACAGAUUGGAUACAUGCAAUCGCAGGGACACUUGCAAAGCAGUUCAUCCCCAAAUGCCAGCCAGGCUUCAUCUGGGCCCGGAGGGAACCCAGUGGCAUCUACCACUGCUGGUUCUCUUGGGACUCACAGUCUUCAUGGGGCUGCAAUGUUGGCUGCUGCUGGGCGAGGUGGCCCUGGCAUUGUUCCUAGUUCACUUUUGCCCAUUGACGUUUCAGUUGUACUUCGUGGGCCAUACUGGAUCCGGAUCAUAUAUCGCAAAUACUUUGCAGUAGAUAUGCGCUGCUUUGCUGGGGAUCAGGUCUGGUUGCAACCAGCAACACCCCCCAAGGGUGGCCCUGCGGUUGGAGGAUCAUUGCCAUGUCCACAGUUCCGACCCUUCAUCAUGGAGCACGUGGCUCAGGAGUUGAAUGGUUUAGAGCCUAGUUUCAAUGGUGGUCAACAGACGGUUGGACUCGCAAAUGUGAACAAUCCAACUCCAAGUACGGCUUCACAGCUUUCAGCUGCCAAUGGAAAUAGAGUUAACCUCCCAAAUUCUGCUGGAAUGGCUAGGUCAGGAAACCAAGUUGCUGGUCUCAACCGCAUGGGAAAUGCUCUUUCGGCAUCCUCAAAUUUGGCUGUGGUAAGCUCAGGCUUGCCUUUACGUAGAUCACCAGUUGCAGGUGUCCCUGCUCAUGUGAGAGGGGAACUAAAUACAGCCAUUAUUGGACUUGGGGAUGAUGGAGGUUAUGGAGGUGGAUGGGUUCCUCUUGUUGCUCUUAAAAAGGUUCUUAGAGGUAUUCUCAAGUACCUUGGAGUGCUGUGGCUCUUUGCACAGUUACCUGAUCUCUUGAAAGAGAUCCUAGGAUCAAUUUUAAAGGACAAUGAAGGUGCCCUGUUAAAUUUGGACCAGGAACAGCCUGCGUUACGCUUCUUUGUGGGGGGCUAUGUAUUUGCUGUAAGUGUCCAUAGAGUUCAACUUCUUCUCCAAGUCCUUAGUGUAAAACGCUUCCAUCAUUCACAGCAGCAACAGCAGCAGCAGAAUCCGUCCAUUUCUCAAGAGGAAUUAACCCAAUCUGAAAUAGGCGAGAUAUGCGACUAUUUCAGUCGUCGUGUUGCAUCAGAGCCCUAUGAUGCUUCACGCGUUGCAUCAUUCAUCACUCUUCUAACUUUACCCAUUUCAGUUUUAAGAGAAUUUUUGAAACUUAUAGCGUGGAAAAAAGGAUUAGCACAGGUGCAAGGUGGAGAUAUAGCCCCUGCACAGAAACCCCGUAUUGAAUUAUGUCUCGAAAAUCAUGCAGGAUUGAAUAUGGACUGGAACUAUGAUAAUUCAUCUGCAUCAAAAAGCAACAUCCAUUAUGACCGGCCUCAUAAUUCUGUUGAUUUUGGGCUGACUGUGGUUCUUGAUCCUGCUCACAUACCUCACAUAAAUGCUGCCGGUGGUGCUGCUUGGUUGCCCUACUGCGUUUCAGUGCGGUUGAGAUAUUCAUUCGGCGAAAAUACUCAUGUGUCUUUUCUUGGAAUGGAAGGAAGCCAUGGAGGCCGAUCUUGCUGGUUGCGGCCCGAUGACUGGGAGAAAUGUAAACAAAAGGUGGCUAGAAUUGUGGAAGUCAAUGGAGGUUCAGCAGGGGAUGCUAAUCAGGGGCGACUGAGAAUAAUUGCAGACAGUGUGCAAAGAACGCUGGAUAUGUGCCUUCAGGGAUUAAGGGAUGGCGGUGGGGUUACUGCAAGCUCUGGAGCAACAUGAUUAGGAUUUACUACCCGUAAUUGGAAAUGAAGGGAAACCUAGUGAAAACAGCUGCUGAUCUGUGAGAAACAUAUAGAAGGAAUACUAGCUAGGUUAGUGAUGGAGGAUGAUGUUUCUGGGGUCUUUCUUUCUAUCUUUUCAAUGAAUUCGCUAGCCUAGAUUUUACUUAACAGGGUGUAAAAUAUUUUGAAAAAGUAAGGGUUUUUUUUCUUUCUUUUCUUUCUUUUGAUUAAUGUUUGUCUAGUUAGGCAGUGGUUUUUUCUUGCAUAGGUUACCCUAAUGAGUGUUUCUCAUCAUUGUACAAAAUUUGUUUAGCUGGAGAUGUUUGUUGUACUCCCCUUGGACAUUGGCAAGAUGCCCUAAUUACAAUUCCUUCUAUAGAAAAUUCAUAUGUAAAUUCUUAAAUCAUGUCAAAUGGAAAAUUUUGUGGGCUUUUGUAGUU